AUGGAGAACGUAAUAUUUGUGUGCCCCCAGAAAUUCUUGGUUUCUCAACCAGAUUGGAGGAGUGAUACAGAAUUGGCAGGGUAUAUUCCAAUACUAAAAGCAGAUUUGCAGAAACUAGAGAAUUCAUUGCAAAAAAUCAUAGAUAAAAAUAAAGUGAAUUCCAUAAAUGAUGAUGUAAAUAUGCCUGGAGGUUUAAUAGACUCUGGUUCCAAAGGUUCUGAGAUAACAAAGUCUACCAUCAAACCCGGUCAACAAUCAGAAAAGAAUAAGAACGAAUCUAAAUCGGAUUUGAAAUACCAACCCAUAAAACAGUUUCUUCCAAUAUCUUUGAAGCAACAAUUACAUACGAUUUCUAUAGCUGGGUUUAAGUCGAGUCUAAACAAAACAAGCAUUGAUAAAUUUCUAGCUCACGUAAUGGAACUCACUCUUGAUCAUCUUACGGACUCCCAACGUGAAAAGUUUAUAAAACAUCAACUUAUUGAAUCCUGGAGUCAUAUUUUUUCAACAGCUAUUUCAGAACAAACGAUUUUUGUUCGUUUUAAUGUCGAUUUAGUGAUAUAUCCACAAGUUGUGUUAUUUUUAAGCGAUCUAUUUUCAGACAUAUUAAAGGUUAAAUAUGAUUCGAACGUUAAGACAUAUAUUGAGGAGGAACUUAAAAAAAAUAGCAUAUCUGAAUUUUUUGUGAGUGGUGAAGAUCGUGAAAAGUUAUCUGUUUUAAUAAAGGAGGCUAAUGUAAACCCCAGCAAUAUGGAAAACGACGGUGGUAAUGAAAUAUCCAGUGAGUAUCAGAUAGAUCUGAAUACUUUAAACGAUAUUCCUCGGGAUGCAUUGGAUCAGUUGUGUAAAGAUAUUAUCGAGUUUAGAACGAGAGUGGUUACAAUUGAAAAGGAGAAAAAUCGUCAAGAAAUUUACAAUGAAAGAGAAAGACAGAGGUCACAUAUGAUGAAAAUGUUUGAUAAAAUAAAGAUGAACAAUACUGUAACCGAUAUUAAAAGAAAGGAUGAAAAGGAUGAUAAUGAAGAUAUUCUAAUUGAUGAUUUUGAAGAAAUCGUUGAACAUGAAAAACAAGAAGCUGAAAAAAGGUAUGAGGAGCUUCUAAUCGUGUUGAACAGGAAAAUAGAACCUGAGCUUCGUAAAAAUUACUCUGAUUUACAAAAAGCCAAUAACUACGAAAAAUAUUUAAUGGAAAACAAAUCAUUGAAUAAAAAGGAAAUUUCCAACCUUGGUAGUGACGAGUUAUAUGAUAACCAUAGAUCAUUUAAAGAGUUGGAAGAACAAGAUGAUAAGGAAGAUAGAGAGAAGGUCGGCGAUAAUGUGAACAUGCCUGUUUCUACAGCGACAAAGGCUGCCACCUCAAAUGAAGAAUCCAAAUCUGUCGGUGGAAAUGCAGAAGAGGAAGAUAGUACUAUCAUUAAUAUUAAAUUUGCAUUUAAUAAGGCAAUUGAUAAUUCUGUUAAAGAUAAACCAGAAGAAAUAGAAAUUGCAGAAAAUGAAAUUGAUAGCAGCGAACAAAUAGGUGAACCUAACUCAAAUAUGGAGGUUGCUGAUAUUCUACCUUUUACUGGAAAUGAUUUAUCAAAACGUCUCGAUGAAUUAAGAACAUCUAAAUAUGUUGAUGAGCUGGUAAAGGAAUACUUGGGUGUUUAUGAGGAUGAAUUAGUGGAUUAUAUUUUUGAAAAUAUUUCGGAGCAUCGGAGCAGACAAGUUCUCUUAGAUGACCUAAAAGAAACUUUUGAUGAGGAUGCUAUUGUAAUGGUGAAUAAUAUUUGGAAAAGAAAAGAAUUUAUCAAGUAG